AAAAAUUUAUAAAUAAGAAUAAACGGAUCGAAACGACAACUUCUAGCCCGGACGGGCCUAAAAGAUUCCAUAACAACAUGUUAAAUUCAGCGUUACUUCCAAUUUAUAAAACCACCAACCACAAUCGGUGUAACUGCGAAAUGAGCUUUCGACCAGUGGAUUUAGGACGCGCCUAUUACCCUAGGUAUCUCCACGCCGGAUUCUGCCAACCGAAUUCGUGCGAAAAGUAUUACCAAUGCGUCGAGAAGAAGUACUACGUAAAAGUGCUGCGUAAGAAAGAGUUCAAAGAUGGCGAGGACGCGAUAUCGUCGUCAUCGUUGCCCAAAGCUCUAAGAAACGUUUGGAUGGCCGAAACGUUCCCAGUUGGAGUGGCAUGUGAAUGUGUGAUAGAUUUUCAAACCGAAUCUUUUUCAAAUUGAACCGAAUUUAUACCCAGCAAUUGUUUAUAAACGCACUUGUACGAU